AUGUCUAGUAACAUGUCCCUGGUCAUCUUUGCUCAUGACCUCAACACCAACAAUAAUUUCCUUCUAGUCUUCUACCUGACAGCCCCGAACCUCGGUGAAGCCAUUGCCCCCUUGUACAUUGGGCCGCUGUCAGAAAAGUUUGGUCGUCUACCCAUCUGCCACAUCUUCAACACGAUAUUUCUUAUUUUCACCCUAGUUACGGGUUGCAGUUCCAACAUCAACAUGAUCGUUGCUUUUCGAUUCCUGGCUGGGGCAUCUACUUCGUCCACCUGUCUGAACCCAAGCAUCAUAGGCGAUUUAUAUCCCGUCAAGAACCGCGGCGCUGCCAUGUCUGUCAUGAGCUUGAUACCCAUACUUGGCAGUGCUGUAGGGCCUAUAGCAGGAGGGUAUAUAACACAGGGCCUGAACUGGCGAUGGACGUUUUGGUUAAGCGCCAUGAUGACUGGUAUUUUACUGCUUGUCAGCCUCUGCGUGAUGAGAGAAACCUAUUUGCCUGUGUUACGGCGGGAAGAACACAACGAGAAGAUCAGUUCCAGGUCGAAAUACUUUAAGGGAUGGAAGUGGUCUACCAUCAAGGGACUAUGUUUGCUAGCAGUUCGGCCAUUUACUAUCCUGUUUAGCUCUAAUGUCGCGAUAAUCAUGGCCUGCUACCUGUCGAUCCACUACGCCUAUCUUUCUCUCCUCGCGGCGACCUUGGCUACCACAUUCCAAGAUGCCUAUGGGUUUUCUGAAAGUCACUCUGGCCUCAUCUAUAUAUCCUUGAGUAUGAACUUGACCCUUAACCACUUACACUUCCAAAACCAGGCCUGUUCAUCUACGGCUGGACGUUGCAGCACCAUGUACACUAGAUCGUUCCAACCCUCGCUACCAGCCUGUGUGGGUUCCCUGGCUUCCAGCACGACUCCAAUCAUGAACUAUCUUGUCGAUAUCUUUGGAGAUAGAUCUGCCUCAGCAGUUGCAGCUGUCCUGCCGAUGCGAUACCUCAUGGGAACGUUCCUACCCGUUGCUGCGCCAUACAUGUAUAAAUCUCUCGGAUACGGCUGGGCAAACUCAUUGCUCGCUUUUAUUCUUCUUGCCAUUGUGCCGUUUCCACUACUAGCGACUGUCCAGCCAAAAGCUGUUUCAUCGAUGCAUAGAAUGGAGGCCUACAAAUAG